CAAACUCUCUCGUUUCCUUUAUUAGGUCUCUGUCAUUAUGGCUGAACAUCCUUCUUUUACCCUUGCCGCCCUCCUGCCUGCAGGAGGUGUCUUUGGAUACAUGCGGACCCGCUCAGCACCCUCGUUGAUCGCAGGUGUUGGCCUCGGACUCUCAUAUGCAUACUCCGGUUAUUUGAUUAAAGAGAAUCGUGACUACGGCACCGAGCUUGCCUUGGGAAACAGCGUACUCCUGCUGGGCUCUGCAAUCCCUAGGAUCAUUAAAACGGGGGCUAAGGCCCCUGUGCCUUUGGCACUCGGUGCCACUGGCUUAUUGGCAUCGUACUACUACCAGAAGAAGGUCAGAGAAUUUCGAUUUGGGGUCUAGUAUUUACAAUGUCAACCAAAUUUGGCAUUCUGGUCGCGGAUGCCUGGACCCUUGAAGUAUCGUUUACGGAGGUCGCGGGGCCAUAACGGAAGCGAUUCAGUCGAUGGUCGAGGGAUUCCAAGGAGGCAACCAAAAACGGAUUGCCAAUCUUGGCCGUGGGGUCGGUCCUUCCGUCAAACCGGAGGAUCUAGCAUUUUUCUUUGAGAUCCACCGAUCGACCGCUUCAUGAUCGUUUGAGUGUUCUGCUUGUGUGAAACUAUUCAUGAUAACAAGUAAUCUCUGCUCUUAAUUUUGAUACAUGCGCGCUGUAAUAUGGAUUGAUAGCCUUUUAUGAUACCAUGGAAACCACAUGGAUAAGGUAAAUCCGGAGAGUUAAUGUUGAAGUGCCCUUAUUUAACCAAAAGCCCUGUACUAUCAUCGAGUCAGUAAUGAUUUACAUCAGGUCUAUAGCGUGAUACUGCCGUCGUCUUUGGCAAAAAGGGC